UUUUCCCUUUUCGUAAUCUUCAUAACAGAGGAGGAGCCACUGUUGUUGAGUGAGGAGGAAGAUGGUGGUUUUGGUGAUUGUGUGGUUGUCUUUCUUUAUGCUUCGUAUUGUUAUUGCUGAUAAUGGUUCAGCACCCCUACCUCUCCCCUACGGCCUCUCCCUCCAUCUAUCUUUUUUAAAGAGAAUACCCGAUCCAAAUUUCCAACAUUCCCCCUUCUCUCGGAGUCUCCCCACCUCACUCUCAGAAAUUACUUUUCUAUCUUAUCUCCACUAUCUCAACCGAACACUCCUCUCUUCUCUCUCUCUCUCUCCAGAAGCAAAUUUGGGCCCGUUCGAAGCCGACGACAGCCAUCCUCAGCUCUCGCUUUUUCCAGAAGUAAAUUUGGGCCUAGUUCGAAGGCCACGACAGCGGUGCGCUCCCCCUCCUCAGCUCUCGCUCUCGCCAGGCUGCUUACCUUGUCCAUCUCCUCGUCCUCCGCCCGCCCGACUCCUUUUGACAACGGCGCCAAUCAACAAAACCUUAAAAUCAUGAACGGGAGAAUUUGAUCACAUCAAAGAUGAUAAUAGCUGGACCGAGAACGGGAAAUGCCCGGAUUUGCUCAGAUAAAUGCCUUUAACCGCAACUUGUAAUCAAACAGAUCUUAAGCGAAAACUUCGGAAUUAAGUGGAAUUAAUUGGCCGCAAGAAAUUUCUUUCUACUUCCCUAGAUUGUCCUCUGUUAUGCUAUUUAUCCUUAGUGUGGGCCAACACACGUUAAUUGUUUUUUGGAAUAUUGAGGAGACUCGAAGGCCCUGCAAACGUCAAGCGGAAGCCUUGAGUAAACGGUGGCGGCUUUGAAUGGUUGCAUAGUGGAGAGUUCUUCACGAACCGCAAGUUUUUUGGGCACCGACGUCCAUGGGUGCUCCGAGGAUUCCAACUCUCUUUCUUCAGUUCCUACUCGUCCGCUUCAUGUCGUUUGGAUCCCACACCUCAUUUGCAAGCGAUUUCAUCUCUUCCGACCGACCCCUGUCACAAGACCAGACCAUAACCUCUAAGGGGGACAAAUUCGUGCUCGACGUCGACAGUGGUCUUAUUCGUAUUUAUCGCGGAAAUGACUAUUGUGAGGGGUGUCAAGUUUGGGCAUCAAACAGCGAAACACCAGUCUACGUUGCACCUGAGCUCAGAAUCAGUGAUGACGGCAACCUAGUCCUUUUAGAUCAAUCCAACCUACAGCAAGUUUGGUCUACAAAUAUAGAAUCAACUGCCUCUAAUUCCACAGUUGCUGUGCUUCUAGACUCAGGUAACCUUGUUCUUAGAGACGGGUCGGAUCCGAGUAAGAUAUUUUGGCAGAGCUGUGAUCACCCAACCGAUACUUGGCUUCCUGGUUGCUACUUGGGUUUUAAUAAGGUCACAGGGGAGAACCGUCGCCUCACUUCUAGCGGCGAUGAGUCUUCUCCUGGAGUGUUUUCCCUUGAGGUAGACGCUGGCCAGCUUCUCAUAAAGUCGAAUGAGUCUAAGAAGUAUUGGUCUGGUGGGAACUUGACUGAUGGCGUGCUUAGCUCCGCGCCAAAUUUCAGCCGGUUUGCCGAAUUUGAGUACAUUUCUAAUGAAACAGUGAAUUAUUUUACCUAUUCGUUGAGAUAUAGCCAGACCUUUGGGGUGUUUAGAUUGGACAAUUCAGGAGUAAUGGAGCAAAUUCUCCUAGCUGAUGAUCCUGUGGCAUUGAGUCCGUCCUCCGAUCCACCAGAUCAGUGUGGUAAUCCGGCCUUUUGUGUGGGUUCUGCAGAGAUGAAGAAGUCCAACAACAUGAGCAGAGUCGUUACUUUUGUUAUUCUUGGUUCAGUUUUAGGUUCCAUAGUUUGUUUAGUUGUUAUUUUCAAAAUGGUCUGGAUAUGGAAAAAGCGAGGUAGGAUGCACAAGAUGAAGUCGGACAAUGGUACUCUGGUGGCAUUGAGAUAUAGAAAGUUGAAAGAAAUGACUAAUGACUUCUCUGAGAGACUCGGUGGUGGCGGCUUCGGUUCUGUUUUUAAAGGGAUGCUACCUGAUUCCGCAAUUGUCGCUGUAAAGAAGCUCGAAGGCGUUCUUCAAGGAGAGAAGCAGUUCCGAAGCGAGGUGAGCACAAUUGGAGUGAUACAACAUGUUAACUUGGUCCGUCUUCUUGGAUUUUGCUCAGAAGGUACUAACAAAUUGUUGGUUUACGAGUACAUGCCAAAUGGUUCUUUAGACUUCCACUUGUUUCGUAACACUGAUACUGUUCUUGACUGGAAGAUGAGGUACAAAAUUGCCCUUGGAACUGCUAGAGGGCUAUCUUAUCUCCAUGAAGAAUGUAGGGACUGCAUCAUUCACUGUGACAUUAAGCCAGAGAACAUACUGUUGGAUGCAUUAUUCGUACCAAAAGUAGCUGAUUUUGGUCUGGCGAAGAAUGUCAACCGCAACUUCAACAGUGUAUUGACUACACUGAGGGGAACUAUUGGCUAUCUUGCUCCCGAAUGGUUAUCAGGAGGUUCUAUAACUGCGAAAGCUGAUGUGUACAGUUACGGGAUGUUGCUACUUGAAAUUAUAUCUGGUAGGAGAAACACGCAGCGAUCUGAAGACGGAUAUUAUUUCCCUGUAUUGGCAGCAAACAAAGUUGUGGAAGGGGAUGUCCUUAGCAUUCUAGAUCCUAGACUGGAGGGAAAUGCUAACUUGGAAGAGCUCGACAGGGCCUCUCGGGUUGCUUGUUGGUGCAUUCAGGACAAUGAGGUCGACAGGCUUUCAAUGGGAGAGGUGGUUCAAAUUCUAGAGGGUGUUGUUGAGGUUAACAGGCCUCCUAUACCGAAGCUGCUUCAAGCUUUAGCUGAGAAUAUAGAAAGUAUAAUUUACUUCUCAGAUGGCAAAGAAGAGCACUUUGACGAGGACAUAUCGGCCAGACCUCUAUAAUUUCAAGUGAUGGAUGAUCUGUGUGCUUCUUCCUCUAUUUUCACUCAUGUAAGUUUGUAAGUCUUAUACUUUCUGUCGUCUCGUAAACAACUGUCAGUUUCUCCACUACUGUUUCGGAGGUUUAUGCUAUGCAAAAUUUUCCAAAAACAGUUGCAACUUCAAAUAAAAUUAUUCUCAAUUCUUACUAGACAAGUAGGUUUAUAACUAAA